AUGGGUCGAUGGAUCUUACAGCUGACUAGGCUGGAAACACAGUUGUGUCUGGCCAUAGUACUCUCCUCCGUCAAAGCGGAUCGCAGCGUCAAGUUCCUUGCCGGCGAGAGUCGCUUCAAUCGGGACUACUUCGAUAACUUCUCCUUCACCAUCCGCAACGACAGGGUGUUCUUGGACAUGCAGUUGCGGAAGCCCCUUCUUAGAGGCUGGAAGGCCAGGCUGGACUUCCGCACACGCGUGGGCAACUCGAAGAGCUUCCAGAGCCUCUUCUCCACCAGCGUCGACGUGUGCAACAUCGUGAACGCGGCCAAGAUCACGCUCUUCAAGAAGUGGUACAAGAACUUGCUCAAGUACGGCAACUUCCUGCGCCAGUGUCCCCUGAACGCGAGCCACUACUACCUGAAGGGCUGGCAGUUCGGGGAGGGCCUGGUGCCGCCGUUCAUCACCAGCGGGUCCUACCGCUUGGAAACCUACAACUUUUUCGGCAGGUACAAGGCCAAAGACGAGGUCUUCAUAAUGAGCUGCACGGCCGAUGCUGUCGUAAAUAUCUGA